AUGUCCCGUGGGGGCGGUGGGCGCGCUGACCCGGCUGGCCUGCGCUCCAGGGUCGGAGGUCAGCCGCGCCGGAUUAGCUGGCCCUCCUACGCCAGGAGGCCCUCGCGCCGCGGAACAAUACUGCGGCCCUCUGCUGCCGGCGGCGACGACGAAGCGCUAGCGUUGUCCCGCCACCGCGGACCGUGGCUAAUCCCUCCGGGACGGGCUGUUAGACAGAGCGGCGGGGUCACGGGCGUGUUCACCGACGGGACGUGGGCGUCGCAUAAUAACAAGCAGGUGCGUGUCUGCCUGCCUGCCAGCCGCCCCGCGCAUCACGUAUCCGACCCGGCGCCAGUUAGGAGACUGCAUUUGCAUAAAUCCGUAAUUCUGGCGCCGCGUCUGCCGGCCGCAGUCGCGGAGGAGCGCCUCGGAUUAGUUCUGGGACUGCAGAUCCCGAAAUGCCGGCAAAAAGGGGUGACGUCACUAGCGGAAGCGGAGGCGGCGGUGGCGGCGGCGGCGGGCCACCCCCCGGGACUCCGCAUGUGCCGCGUGGGCGCGCUGCUGCUGGUGGCGGCGCUGGUGGCAUGUGAGGGCGCCGCGGGCCAGGGCCCGGACGCGGGCGAGCAGCGGGGCCCGGCCGACGCCGCCGCCUUCCUGCGCAUGCGCACUGCUGGCGGCGACGGCGACGGCAAGGAUGCGCUGCUGGAGAAGCGCGCGCCGCUGCUUGGAUUCCACGGCGUGCGCGGCAAGAAGGACGACCUGGACGAGCUGGACAAGCGCGCCCCCUCGCUUGGCUUCCACGGCGUCCGCGGCAAGAAGGACGACGCCGACGAUGACGACGGCUUCGACAAGAGGGCGCCCAUGCGCGGCUUCCAGGGUGUCCGAGGCAAGAAAGACGAGGCAGACGCGGAGGACGCAGAGCUGGGAGACGGCGCCGACUACCUGCAGCUGGCGGGCCUGCCCUACAGGGAGGACUACGACGCCGACGCCGACGGCGACGCCGACGCCGACGAGCUGCAGCUGGACGACCCUUGGCUGCGCGACGAGAAGCGCGCCCUCAAGGGCUUCUUCGGCACGCGAGGCAAGAAGGCCCCACAGGCCGGCUUCUACGGCGUGCGCGGCAAGAAAGGGCCCUCGGGAUUCUACGGCGUGCGAGGCAAGAAGGCCCCCCUCUCCGGCUUCUACGGCGUGCGCGGCAAGAAGGCGCCCUCGCUCGGAUUCCACGGAGUACGAGGCAAGAAGGACGACGGGGCUUCCCCUCCUGACCUGGACUCUCUGCUGUACUACCUGAACGAGGCCAGCGAGGCAACUCGCCAGAAGAGGGGCAACACCAAGAAGGCGCCCGUCGGCUUCUACGGCACCCGCGGCAAGAAGUCCUGGGCUCCGGACGGUGGAGCGGCAUCCUCGAGCGAUUCCAUUGCCUCAUCUCUCAUCAAUAGUCAAUAGGAAGUUCUCACAGCAAUGAUGAAUCACUUAGUGCCAUCCACAAUGUCACAAGUCCUCCAGACAUCCUCAGAAACCAACGUUAACUAGUGCAUGAAACCAUACAGUAAUAAAGAAGAUAACUUUAAUGCUUCUAUCCAGUGGCCUGUUGUAGAUUAGUGAUUUGUCAUUGAGAGAUAAGUAUUACAAGAUUAUGUAGGCUGCCGUGUCCUGUAGUGUCAUAUUUUGUACUGAGACUAAGUCUGAUAUUGGCCACGUCUCUCUUCUUUUUUUAGGUGUGGACAUUUCGUCAAAAAAUAUUUAUUUUAUUUCAUCUACGAUACAUGUUCCCUAAGAAAAUCUUGAGUUACGCUUGUAGAUUCUGUACAAAGAAUGAAAUCGCACCAUUACAAUAAAAAUUCUUAAAACUAUACAGAAGUAGAUACUUUUGGCGUCCAUAAACAUUUUAACUACUCAUUCAAUUACAGUACUUUAUAUAGUCUCUAGUUUUUAAAUUUGUAUUUGUCUAAGACUUUGCUGCGGCCUCGUUUUAUAUGUAACGUUAUAUAGAAAUUAUUGUAUUCUUAAGCGUUCUCCCUGAUCCCUGUAUAAUUUUUCAGAGCGAUUACAACGCCUCAAGCUCGAAAUAUUUUUGGCCAUAUAUUAUGCUGUUAUGAAUAAGUUCAUAAUAAAGGAAGCGUUAUCUGGAUUAUAUGUGGUGGUGAAUGGUGCGUAAAUAUAAGAUUAUUACGUUAUAUUGUUGCUUUUGUAGUUAUCAUUUUUGUUGGCAUAUCUGGAAAAUACGAAUGAAAAACUAUUUUAAAAUGUAAAAUUACACUACAUAUCAAUAAAAGGGCAAUACAAAUG